GAAUCUGGGGCAUGCCCACGCGCGUCAGACCUUUUUGUUGGAUCUCCAUCGAACGGCAGCCGGGGGGUGGAGCAGUUCAGAGGUCAGAGCGAUGGAUUGUGCGAAGAACCUUCCCCUGAGGGCAUAAAGGCCCCCUGUCCGCGUGUCCAUUGCCCGAUCGACGACUGAACCAUCGUCUCUUCUUUUCCCAAUCAUGGCGCCAAUCUCCUGCCGGGACCUCUCCCCGCAGCUCUCCCCCACUCCCCACCGCGGCACCGCCGCCAUCACCCGCACACGAAUCUCUUUCCGGUGCGCGCCAACCCCGUGCCGACCACUGACCACCACCACCAAAAGGUCAUCCCAGCUCCCCUCCGCAGCCACGAGGGACGAUGCCGUCGCCUCCCUGGUCGGCCGGCCAGAGCAUGACGCCGUCGAGGAAGCAGAGGAAGAACUGUACCUCCCGGAAGAUGCGCCGGCCGGCCGUGGCCGUGGUGCAGAGAAGCAGCAAGACGAGCUGGCCGCGCGGUGGCGCGAGAUCCACGGCUGCGACGACUGGGCGGGGCUCCUGGACCCGAUGGACCCGCAGCUGCGCUCGGAGCUCAUCCGCUACGGCGAGCUGGCGCAGGCCUGCUACGACGCCUUCGACUACGACCUGGCCUCCCGGUACUGCGGCAGCUGCAAGUACCCUCGCCGCGCCUUCUUCGACCGCCUCGGCAUGCCCGAUGCGGCCCGUGGCUACGCCGUGUCCCGCUACCUCUACGCCACGUCCAACUUCCGGUUCCCCAACUUCUUCCCCUCGCAGCAGUCCCGCGCCGACGCCAAGGUGUGGAGCCAGCGGGCCAACUGGAUCGGCUACGUGGCCGUGUCCACCGACGAGGAGUCGGCGCGCCUGGGCCGGCGGGACGUGGCCAUCGCGUGGCGUGGCACCAUCACGCGCCUCGAGUGGGUGUCGGACCUCAUGGACUUCCUCCGGCCCGUGGCCGACGAGGGCAUCCCGUGCCCGGACCCGGAGGUCAAGGUCGAGUCCGGCUUCGUGGACCUCUACACCGACAAGGACCCGUCAUGCCGCUUCUGCAAGUAUUCCGCCCGGGAGCAGGUGCUCCUGGAGGUCCGCAAGCUCGUGACCCACUACACGGCGCUCGGGGAGGACGUGAGCAUCACGGUCACCGGCCACAGCCUGGGAAGCUCCCUGGCCGUGCUCAGCGCCUACGACAUCGCCGAGACCGGCGCCAACCUCGGCGCCGAUGGGAAGACGAAGGCGGCGGUGUGCGUGUUCUCCUUCUCGGGGCCGAGGGUGGGCAACGGGCGGUUCAAGGAGCGGUUCGAGGGGGAGCUCGGGGUGAAGGCGCUGCGGGUGGUGAACGUGCACGACAACGUGCCCAGGAUGCCCGGGAUUUUCCUCAACGAAGGGGUGCCGGAGAUGGUGCGGCGGGUGGCGGAAGGGCUGCGGAUGCCCUGGUGCUACAGCCACGUCGGCGUGGAGCUGGCGCUGGAUCACAAGCGGUCGCCGUUCCUCAAGGAUACCCUCGACCCAGGCUGCUCCCACAACCUCGAGGCGCACCUGCACCUCCUGGACGGGUACCAUGGCAGCGGGGAGCGGUUCGUGCUGGCGAGCGGGCGAGACCCGGCGCUGGUGAACAAGGCGUCCGACUUCCUCAAGGACCACCACUGCGUGCCCCCGUUCUGGCGCCAGGACGAGAACAAGGGCAUGGUCCGCGCCCUCGACGGCCGCUGGAUCCAGCCCGACCGCCGGGGCCACCUCGACGACGACCACCAUCACGACGGCCACCACCACGAUGACCACCUCCGCCUCUUCCGGCGGCCGUAGAUCCGUCCGAGGGCGAUCGAGCAAUUAAUCAUCUGUACUAUUCUGUAAUGUGUCUGUCAAAUGAGCUUAAAUUACCCUGAUGCACGUAUCCGGCGGUGAUGUUUGAAGCGCAGGGUGAUCUACUGAUCUGUUUUGUCGAGCGUAGUGUGGACUUUAAGUGUGUGGACGUGCACGUGUGGCAACACCAACAUGUGUGUACAGGGAAAUGGAACGGAGGACCGGCCGGUGAACAUAUGUGUCCCUUUCAUCACAAAACGAAAGUGCUACUAUGUUGGUACGUUACCGCCGUGCAACGGGUAAUUUGAAUGCUGUUUUGUAUCAGUGUGGUUUCCAACCGAGAUGAAAUUUGCUA